GCAGCUUACGUACGUAGUCUUUCCAUCGAUUACCUUGAGAGCUGUUGGCCGUAGCAAUGGCGGUGCGUGCUGGUGUGCUCUGGGUGGGCAUUCUCUGCUUGCUGGCCAUCUUGGCGUCGGCGCAAUACCCGUCCUCCCCAAGCUCCCCGGGCUCCUACCCGUCUCCGGGCUCCCCGGACGGCAACGAGGGGGAGGGGGAUGCCGUCCCCCCAAGGAACGUCACGUGCAAGGACACCGACGGGAAGCGGCCGGGGUGCACGAGCACCUGCCCCGACCGCUGCCCCCAGCAAUGCAUCGUCCUCUGCCCCGACUGCAAAACAUUCUGCCACGACGAGGUAAGGCCAGCGAAGCCCGUGCCACCACCGGCUAUGUUCGUGUUCGGAGACGGGGCUUUGGACGUGGGCAACAACGCAUACUUGCCCAAGACUGAAACGGAGGAGGGGUACCCCCCUCAGGUCUCCAAAUCCAGCAGCGGCAGGUUCAGCAACGGGGCCAACUUGGCUGACACCGUCGCGACAUCUAUGGGCUUCCAGCAGAGCCCUCCGGCUUACAUGUCGCUCAAGGGUGGGCUCAACAUGUGGGGAGCCAACUACGCCUCAGCGGGUGCCGGUAUUAAAAUCUCCACUAACGGAGAGUGGUCUAUCUCGUUGCCGAAGCAGCUGGAGAAAUUUAAGGUGACCAGAGCCCAGAUGGAGGACAAGCUGGGCGGCGACGCAAAGAUGCGUGAGCUCCUUUCGAAGUCCGUCUUCCUCAUUAGCAUCGGUGGCCAGGACCUGGAUCCAAGAUGGAACGUCGAGUCCGGAUAUCCACGGGCGCAGACCGAGCUCCAGUAGCUCACGGCCCUGUACGGGGAGAUCAUCACGUCCCUCUAUGACAUGGGCGCCAGAAAGCUGGCAAUCGUCAACGUCGGCCUCAUCGGUUGCAUGCCACCUCCCUACAGGUAUGAGUGUGACCAGAGCCUGAACGACAAUGCCACCUCGUUCGAUGCGGCCCUGAAGCCUCUAAUGGCUGGCCUCGCAUCCAAGAUGUCGGGCCUGUCCUACUCCAUCGGCGACUUCUACGGCUUCACCACCGCCGUCUUUGCGAACCCAUCAAAUUAUGGGCUGGUGAAUACCCGGGACUCCUGCAGCGAAUGGGGCUACCCGGACUGGACGUACUGCUACAACCCAGACGCUUACUGGUUCUGGGACCCGGAGUUCAUGACAGAUAGGGCCGCCAAGUUGACAGCCGCUGCGUUUUACUACGGUCCACCCCAAUUUACAUUUCCAAUUACCUUUAAGGCUCUGCUGGAGAAAAAAUAAUUUCCUCUUGUCGUAUUUUAGUAGUAGUAUGUACUGUAUUUGUUUCCACCGCACAUGGGCUAUGGGAGCAACAGAAAUAUGCAAUAAGUAUGCCAUGCAUGAAGAAUAAAAUAGGUUAUUCCGACCUUUCUAUCUAUAUAGGAGUAUUAUAUUAUUAAAGAUUACUCCUAGAGUACUAAUCUUCUUUGUGCUAGUAUCUACAGCCCAAGUUGACCAAGAAAAUUAUCUUGAUGACCAUGAAUGCACGGUUAACCGUAGCAUAGAUUUUUCGAACCACGGGAGCAAAGGUUGAGCAUGACUAGCAGUAUUUUCACCUGAGUCAUCACAUGGAAAUAGCUUACUACUAUCACCCCUCUAUGAGAUAACGAGAAUAACACAUCGAGGACGAAUUUCGUAGAACCAAAAUUUUGGUUAAG